AAAAUCUUGUACACCCUUUCCAUUUUCGGUACCAAUUCAAUUAGUUAGUUUCACACUUAAAUAAAUCUAUCUUAUCGGAAACAAUUCCUCUGUAUUUUUUUAAUUAAUGGUCCUCCCUGACGCUGACGGUGGUUCCCGCGACGGCGCUGGAACUGCAAUCGGUGAGGUCGUAGAUGAAAAGAUGAGUCAUGUAAAGGAGGAAGAGGAAAUAAAUGAAGUAAGCACGGCGGCGAGGAAUAGGGGCGGCGGCGGUGGAGAUGGGGUUUGGGUGAAACCAAUGGAAGGGUUGCAUGAGGUGGGGCCGGCGCCGUUCUUGAAGAAGACGUAUGAGAUGGUGGAGGAUCCGGAAACCGAUCCGGUUGUAUCUUGGAGCGAAUCUCGUAAUAGCUUUAUUGUUUGGGAUUCUCAUCAAUUCUCCAAAUUUCUUCUCCCUAAGUACUUUAAGCACUCCAAUUUCUCCAGCUUCAUCCGCCAGCUCAAUACUUAUGGUUUUAGGAAGAUUGAUUCUGAUAAAUGGGAGUUUGCAAAUGAAGGUUUUCAAGGAGGGAAGAAACAUUUGCUGAAGAAUAUUAAGAGAAGAAAUAGGUGUAAUAAUAAUAAUAAUUACAAGAAGCAGCAUUUAGGCUUGGCCAUGAGUACUACUAAUUUAGAAGAUUUGACAAAGCCAGUAGUAGUGGAAACAGAACUACAAACUCUUAAAACUGAUAACAACAUUUUGAGAUUAGAGAUGUCCAAAUUGAGAGACCAGCAGCAGGACUCACAGAACCAACUCACCAUGGUCGAAGAACGUGUUCAAUGCGUUGAAUCCAAGCAUCAACAGAUGUUCUAUUUCCUUGCCAAAAUGUCGAGAAACCCCGCAUUUUGUCGACAGUUGGUCCAGAGGAGAAUGCUGAAAAAGAAGAAGCUGAAUAAUAGAGAUGAGUUUGGAAAGAAAAGGAAAUUCCUUGCAAUUCAAGGACAUCAAAAUCUUGGCGUUGAGACUAUCGACGCAUCUCGGGAUGUCAAUCUUGAAACUGAAGUCCAAGAAGAGCUUAUGAGCAUGCACUCUGAGCUCACCGAUAUUUUUCCUGAUGUUAUCAAAUCUGGACAGAUCAAAACGCCGUUCCAAGCAUUGGAAGAUGGUGCAGCGAAUUGUAUGCCACCAAAGGAUAUGGUUGUUGAUGAAGAAUUGAGUAGUAACCAUUUCAAUCUUUUCCUGGAACUGGAGGAUCUGAUCAAGAAGCCUCAAGAUUGCCCCUCAGGUUAUGUACAGAAACAAGCUUUCAAUAAGUUUGUUUCAUCCAUUCCAUGAGUACUUUCUUAUUGGAAAAAGUAGGAAACUUUUGCCCCUGUCAUUCCAUAUCAUUGUAUAUAAAUCGGCUAAAUUAUGAAAAAUACCUCUAAACGUCGCUGCUGUUUCAAAACUAAGUAGAAAAUUUUCAGAAUUUCGGAUGAAAUUUGGACUUGAAACGUAUCGUUCCAAGCCUUAAUUAUGGUUCGAAACUCUAAAAGAUUUCUACUUGUCUUGAAAGCUCUAUUUUGCAGCUUAAUUUAAAUUUGAUGUUAUGUAACUGUGAUACCUUUGCAGAUAUGGAGAGAAUUCUGCAGUAAAUGUGUUGGCUAUACUGCUGUAGUGGCAUAUUUGUAAUUCCAUGGGAGAAGUUUGUGGUUAAAAAUACUAAAUAGAGUUUGUUACAUUA